AUGGCGGUGACAGACUUUUUUGCCGGCGAGAUUGCCACCGAACUUCUCAAACAGCUCAUUGUGAUAUCAAGAAAAUCCGCCUUCUGCCGUUCAAGCGCCGAGCAGCUCGUACAAUAUAUCGAAGAGCUGCUCCCCAUCAUACAGGAAAUCAAGCAUACAGGCGUCGAGCUACCUCAACAUCGCCAGCGCCAGCUCGAUAAUUUCUCCCAGAGACUCUCCGAUGGGCUUGAACUGGCUAACAAGGUCGUCAAUUCUCCCCGUUGGAACGUGUACAAGAACCUGCGACUGGCUCAAAAAAUGGAGAAGUUGGAGAAAUUCGUAUCGAGAUUCAUGAACGGUAUAAUCCAGGCGCACGUACUGGCUGAUGUGCAUCAUGUUAGGGUUGGCAUAGACGAGAAAUUCCCUCGUCUGGAAAGACAGCUCGAGUCCAUGAAGAUUGGGGUGGACGACCGUGGUGGGUGGCUAGGUGAUGCAGUGAACAGGGUGGAAGAGGAGAGGAGGUUCGAAGGCACUUUGGCCAAUUUAAGCGCCGGGAUGGAAUUGGGAAAGAGGAAGUUAAAGGAGUUGCUAAUGGCCAAAGACGUUACUGUAAUUGGUAUCCACGGAAUUGGGGGCAGUGGAAAAACCACUUUGGCUAGAGAAAUUUGCAAAGAUGAUCAAAUCAAGGCUUAUUUCAAUAACAGGAUUUUCUUCCUCACCGUGUCUCAAUCUCCCAGUGUGGAGCAAUUGAGUGCAAAGAUUUGGGAAAUGAUAUCAGGGAAUAAAAUGGUUUCGAGCGGCAACAUGUUUUCCCUAGUAAAACUCCAAUAUGAUAUUGAAAUUUCUUCAAGAACACUGCUAAUUUUGGAUGAUAUAUGGUCACAAUCAGUACUUGAACAGCUAAAAUUCAAAAUUCCCACUAGUUGCAAAAUCAUCGUGGUUUCGAGAUUGAAGUUCCCUCUAUCAGUUGUUGACAGCUCCUAUGAAUUGGAGUUGUUAAGGGAGGAUGAGGCUAUGGGACUAUUCUGCCAUUUCGCUUUUGGGCAAUCUUCAGUUCCAUUUACUGCUGACAAACAAUUGGUUAAGGAGGUUGUGGAUGAAUGUAAAGGGUUGCCAUUGGCUCUUAAGGUGAUUGGAGCAUCUCUUAAGGACCAGCCUGAAAUGUUCUGGACAAGCGCUAAGAGUCGCUUAUCAAGAAGCCAACCUCUUUGUGAAUCUCAUGAAGUUCAGUUACUGGAGCGGAUGAAAUUGAGUAUUGAUUCCUUGAGAGAUAAGGUGAGGGAUUGUUUCUUGGAUUUAGGUGCCUUCCCGGAGGACAAGAGAAUCCCUCUUGAUAUUCUUAUUAACAUGUGGAUGGAACUACACGACGUUGAGGAAAAAGAUGCUUUCGCCAUCCUAGUCGAGCUUUCAGAUAAAAAUCUCUUGACCUUGGUGAAAGAUGCUAGAGGGGGAGAUAAGUAUAGCAGUUACUAUGAAAUCUCAGUAUAUCAGCAUGAUAUAUUAAGAGAUCUUGCCAUACACGUAAGCAAUUUUGGCUGUAUAAAUCAGCGGAGGCGAUUGCUUAUGCCAAGAAGAGAAGAAGGCCUACCAAAAGAAUGGGAGAGGAAUAUGGAUCAACCAUUCAAUGCACAGAUUAUCUCAGUGCAUACAGGUGAAAUGAGUGAGAUGAACUGGUUCAGAAUGGAUUGUCCGAAAGCUGAAGUACUCGUGCUAAAUUUUUCGUCAAAUGAAUACUUCCUGCCUCCUUUCCUUGAUAACAUGCCCAAGCUGAGGGCAUUGAUACUAAUAAACUAUAGCAAUUCCAACGCUGUCGUUCACAAUCUAUCAGUUUUGAACAACUUAGCCAAUUUGAGAAGCCUCUGGUUUGAAAAGGUAUAUGUCCCUCGUUUAUUUGACGCCACAAUACCCUUCAAAAACCUGCAAAAAGUUUCAUUAAUCCUAUGUGAUAUUGAUAACUGCCUCGACCAAUCAGCUAUAGACCUGCCUCGUAUUUUCCCUCGCCUCUCAGAACUUACUAUGGAUCACUGCAUUAAGUUGAACAAGCUGCCUUCCAGCCUCUGCCGAAUGCAUACACUGAAGAGCCUGAAUGUCACCAAUUGUGAGAGUCUCCAAGAACUGCCAGCAGAUUUGGAUAAACUUAGUUUCCUACUCCUUUUGAGACUGUAUUCUUGUCCGAAUUUGAAGAGGCUCCCCGUUGGGAUUGGCCACCUGGUUUGGCUAAAAUACCUCGACAUUUCAGAAUGUGUUACAAUGGGAUGCCUUCCUGAGGGAAUUGGUGGAUGCACAAACCUGGAGAAGAUUGAUAUGAGAGAGUGUCCACUGAUCAAGAAUUUGCCUUUGUCUGUGGUGUCAUUGCAUUCUUUGCGGCGUAUUAUUUGUGACGAAGAGGUUUCUUUGGUGUGGAAAGAUGUGGAGAAGGUCAUACCAGGCCUUUGUGUUCAGGUCGUUGAGGAGUGCUUCAAUCUGGACUGGCUUUCUGAGUAA